AGGAAGGCAGGAAGGAAGGAACAGCCUCACCCAACGAUGGCGGCCACCAUAGACAGCAACGCCGUGCAGGCGACCAAGAAAAAGCAUCUCGGCAUCCCCGAAGCGGUGUUCGUGGAGGACGUGGACUCGUUCAUGAAGCUGCCCGGCAACGAGAAGGCGGACUCGGCUCUGAGGAAGCUGGACGAGCAGUACCAGAAGUACAAAUACAUGGAAGUCAACCUGUCGCAGAAGAAGCUCAGGUUGAGAAACCAGAUCCCGCAGAUCAGACAGACGCUCGAAAUCCUGCGACACAUGCAAAAGAAGAAGGAGACCACAGAGCCCAUGGAGACGCACUUUAUGUUGGCUGACAACGUUUACUGCAAGGCCUCGGUACCGCCCACUGACAAAGUGUGCCUAUGGCUUGGUGCAAACGUCAUGCUGGAGUACGACAUCGACGGCGCUCAGGCCCUGCUGGAGAAGAACCUGUGCACCGCUUCUCGUAACCUGGAGACGCUGGAGGAGGACCUAGAUUUCCUGCGAGACCAGUUCACCACCACCGAAGUCAACAUGGCACGAGUCUACAACUGGGACGUGAAGAGGAGGAGCCGAGAAAGCCUCCUCAAGUCAGCAGACAAGUCUUAAUCCAGAUCAAACGACCCGCUGCUCUCCCCAAGCCGCCGAUGAUGAUCGAUCGAUAAUCGUGACGGAGCGAGGGCCGAGUCUUAUUUUCAGGUCCAAAUGAACAAAAGCAGACUUUUUGAGUUGAUUUUACUGGGUGAAACGCAGCUGCGUGGAGAAUCCCGUCACGCGCUUUUGCCCUUUCUCCGCUCAUUUUUAUUUUUUCCCCCACCCCGCUUUGGACUCUAUUUAUUUGUCUGUCACUCAUUAAAACAAAAAGAACAGCAGUGGGCCAGUUAGUUUCAAUCAAUGACCUAUUAGUACCCUAAGUAAAUAAUAGGUUUGUCGGGGGGGGGGGGGGCAAUCGGACACUCGAUGCAGAAUGUAUUCAGCACAUUUUUGGUGUCCAAAUACGAGGCAAGCGGAAGUCCGGAUUGCAUGGAAGUGAGGCUGUCUUUUUCGAUGAUCGGGACGAGGGGAAAACAAUGUCAGAAGCUCAAAUAAAAGACUUUGAACACGCGA